CUGCCGGCGCCUUUGUGCGGCGGCGGAAGGGGCGCGGGGCCGAGGGCGGCGGGCGCAGGACGGGAGCGGCGGGCAGGAGCCGCGGACAGUAUUUCAGCCAUGUCUGACAAAAGUGAGCUGAAGGCAGAGUUGGAGCGCAAGAAGCAAAGAUUAGCUCAAAUCCGAGAGGAGAAGAAGAGAAAGGAGGAAGAAAGAAAGAAGAAAGAAACUGACCAGAAGAAAGAAGUUCUUCCAGUACAAGAAGAAUCUGAUCUUGAAAAGAAGAGAAGAGAAGCUGAAGCGUUACUUCAGAGCAUGGGGUUGACCCCUGAGUCUCCUGUUGUCCCUCCUCCUACCUCUCCGUCUUCCAAAUCCGUGAGUACGCCAAGCGAGGCUGGGAGCCAGGACUCCGGGGAUGGUGCUGUUGGAUCUAGGACGCUGCAUUGGGAUACUGAUCCAUCAGUUCUUCAGCUCCACUCUGAUUCCGAUCUGGGACGUGGACCUGUUAAACUUGGAAUGGCCAAAAUUACCCAAGUUGACUUUCCUCCUCGAGAAAUUGUUACCUACACAAAGGAGACACAAACACCUGUUAUGACUCAGCCCAAGGAAGAUGAGGAGGAGGAAGAUGAUGUGGUUGCACCAAAACCAUUAGUUGAACCUGAGGAAGAAAAAACAUUAAAAAAAGAGGAAGAGGAAGAAGCUGCCCCUCAUGAACUCACAGAGGAGGAAAAGCAACAGAUUUUGCAUUCUGAAGAAUUUUUAAGUUUUUUUGACCACUCCACAAGGAUUGUUGAAAGAGCCCUUUCUGAACAAAUCAACAUUUUCUUUGACUACAGUGGAAGAGACUUAGAGGACAAAGAAGGAGAGAUUCAAGCAGGAGCAAAACUGUCCUUAAAUAGGCAGUUUUUUGAUGAACGUUGGUCAAAGCAUCGUGUUGUCAGUUGUCUGGACUGGUCAUCUCAGUAUCCAGAAUUACUUGUAGCCUCUUACAACAACAAUGAGGAUGCGCCUCACGAGCCCGAUGGGGUGGCCCUUGUAUGGAAUAUGAAGUACAAGAAAACUACCCCAGAGUAUGUCUUUCACUGCCAGUCUGCAGUGAUGUCAGCUACAUUUGCAAAAUUUCAUCCCAACCUGGUGGUUGGUGGCACGUACUCGGGCCAGAUAGUGCUGUGGGAUAAUCGCAGCAAUAAGAGAACCCCAGUGCAGAGAACACCACUUUCAGCUGCUGCGCACACGCACCCAGUGUACUGUGUAAAUGUUGUUGGGACCCAGAAUGCUCAUAAUUUGAUUAGUAUCUCAACUGAUGGGAAAAUAUGCUCUUGGAGUCUGGAUAUGCUUUCCCAACCACAGGAUAGCAUGGAGCUGGUUCACAAACAGUCCAAGGCUGUGGCUGUUACCUGCAUGUCUUUCCCUGUUGGAGAUGUCAACAACUUUGUUGUUGGCAGUGAAGAAGGCUCAGUGUACACUGCAUGCCGUCAUGGCAGCAAAGCUGGAAUCAGUGAGAUGUUUGAAGGACACCAGGGACCAAUCACAGGUAUCAACUGCCAUGCAGCAGUUGGACCUGUAGACUUCUCACAUCUUUUUGUCACCUCUUCUUUUGACUGGACAGUAAAGCUUUGGACAACGAAGAAUAACAAACCUCUCUACUCCUUUGAAGACAAUUCGGAUUAUGUUUAUGAUGUGAUGUGGUCUCCAACUCACCCUGCCUUGUUUGCCUGUGUGGAUGGGAUGGGCAGGCUUGACCUGUGGAAUCUCAACAAUGAUACUGAGGUGCCCACUGCAAGCAUCACCGUGGAGGGCAAUCCUGCUCUGAACCGUGUAAGAUGGACACAUUCUGGGAGAGAGAUUGCUGUAGGUGACUCAGAGGGACAAAUUGUUAUAUAUGACGUGGGAGAGCAAAUCGCCGUUCCUCGUGGUGACGAGUGGACUCGGUUUGGCCGAACGCUGGCAGAAAUCAACGCCAACAGAGCUGACGCAGAGGAGGAGGCUGCGACCCGCAUCCCGGCAUAGAGCCCUCCAGCAGCCUGCAGGCUGCACCUGGGAGUGACUGGAUGCAAGUCCUGGAGUGUCAGUUCUAAUCAUAGCUUAGGGGACAAAUACAUGGAUUCAGCAAUGGACUUUGAAAUGUAUUAAGAUCACUGAAAAUCAGAUCCUGCGUUGUUAUGUUUUAUAUAUAAAUUACAAGCACAUUCUUGGAUUUGUGUAACUUUUAAUACAGUUAGUUUUGACUUUGCAAGGAUCUUUUGCUGAAACACUAACCUGGUAUAAAUUUGCUACUUGGCUUCUGUAAAGUCCAAUCUGAACCGGUUAUCUUUCUGAAAAGUUCUGUUCCUACGACUUUCUGUAUUACAGACUAACCUUCACUAGGUAGUAAAUCUCUGAAGCAUUCUGUAAUAUGAAUUCUUCAAAUUACACAUGAUAUGCAUGCAUAUGUUCCAAGUUUCAUUGUUUAUAUAUAGAUAAGCCUCAGAUUCUGGUAGUGGGUAAUAUAUGUGAAGAAAAAUUUGUCUGUAGUUACAAACUUACGUGAUAAUCAGACCUGAAUUAAUGAAAUACAUAUUUAAUACCAAUUUCCUUUUGUUUGAAUUGGUGCAUUAAAAGGUGAGACUGAUUCAUAAAUAAAUACUGUACGAGCACUUAUCAGCUGCCCUGACCUCAAAUCUGUGUCCCUGCAGUAGUUCAAGCUGGUCAUUUUGUUUUACUACACACAUCACAGGCUUGUUUUCUACCCCCAACCACCCCUUACUGCCAUGGCAAUUGGCCAAUAGCAAAAAGGCUCCUUGUUAUAAAAUUUUUCUUUUCCAAAGGGUAAGAAACUAGACUUUAUCUUAAUUUCUAUAGCAUGAUUUUCAU